CUACAGUAGUUUUGCGAACCUCUAACGGAGUGCAACGGUUUUCAUCACACAAAUUAUUUUUCUCGUUUUCAUUCGUGUCAAUCCUGUACCCGAUCUCAUCCGUUGCAACAGAUUUCCAGAUAGAACGAAGACCUCAUACAAUACAUCCACGACUUUUUCUUAUAUCACGACACGACAAUAAUAGAUUAUUCAUACAGUAUAUCAGUUUGGGAAUCCGAGUAUAUAACCAUUCCUCUGUAUGCAAGGSGACCGGAGUUGAUUGUCAAGCUUCCGAGUGCUUGGUUGGCUGCGUCCGAACAAUUUUCCACGAUGCUGAUGACGAACUCUCUGGCACAAACUGCUUCUGACGAAGGAUGUGCAACAAGACCGAGAGAGGACCUACUCGACAGCAAGAAAAUAAGAGACUUUCCUGGAAGGCAAGUCAGUAGCAUCAAACACAACAUCCGCAAACCAACUGUGACGUUCUCAUCCAAGAACGAUGUCUUUGAAAUCCCGAGACCUACGAAUGAAGAAAAGAAAUACAUGCACAUGAGCAGUGAAGACCAACGGAAGACCAUCGUAGAAAUAGCAGACGCCUUGCGUCGUCUUGAAUCCUACGAGCGGAAGCAGAACGAAGCAUCAUACUACGCAGACGAAACUCAACACGAUGACAAAAUGAUCGAGGAAUUGGGCCUCGAGCGCAUAGUGGAACAACAGAGGUCGGAUCGAUUGGAUCGAGUGAAAUCCGCCAUCUUUGUAAUCCUUCAACGCCAGCGGCAGUCGAAGAUAUUGCAAUCUUCGAAGAAAUUAAAUAUUGACGAGCAGUGGCUCAAAGAACACUACCGACCUUUCUCGGAAUUAGCUGCCAAGCUAGCUAGAAGUAGGGGUCUUCGAGACGAAGAAAUGGCUCCGUCUCUUUUUCCGAGACUCAUCGUAAUGGCGAGAUAGGUAAACGUCCCGUCUGGGGAGUGCAUAAAGGGAAAUAAAGGGAAACGAACGGUCGAAAUAAGAACUGAGUGACAGGAAAAAAGAAGUUAUCGAAUCCAUCGAAGCUACUAUUAGACUUAGAAUAGAAUAAAUGGCUUUUU